AAUGGCAGAUAAUAUGAAGGAAGAGAAAGUAUCCAUCAAGGGAGAAAUGUUUUCUGUGGAGGAUACAUUUACUGUAUACGUACAAGAAAAAGAUGUAAAAAAAGAAAAUACUGACAUUUUAGGUGAAAAUAACGAAGAAGAUCCCCUUCACACUGAAACAAGAAAACAAGAAAAGAAUCGUAAACAUGAAGAACGAAGAUAUGCUUGUGGAGAAUGUGAUUUUAUGUCAAAUAAAACGUGUCAACUAAAAAGACACAUUAAGAAUAAACAUGAAGGAGUUAGAUAUCCCUGUAAACAAUGUAAUUAUGCUGCUACUACAUCAUAUCAUCUAAAGACACAUGUUCAAAAUAAACAUGAAGGAGUGAGAUAUCCCUGUGACCAGUGUGAAUUUGCUGCUACUACGACAGGUCGUCUGACGAGACAUAUUAUAAAUAAACAUGAAGGAGUGAGAUAUCCCUGUAAACAAUGUGACUAUGCUGCCAAUGAUACAACAAGCUUGAAGAGACAUAUUGAACGAAAACAUGAAGGAUUAAAAUAUUUCUGUGACCAGUGUGAGUUUGCUACUUCUACAGGAUAUUGUCUUAAGCAACAUGUUGACAGUAAACAUGAGGGUGUGAGAUAUCCCUGUAACCAGUGUGAUUUCGCUGCUACUGCAGCAUGCAGUCUUAAAAAACAUAUUAAUAGUAAACAUGAGGGAGUCAGGUUUCCCUGUCCCCAGUGUGAAUACGCAGCCACUCAAAUGGGUAGCUUGAAGAGGCACAUCCAAAAUAAACAUGCUGGAGUGAGAUAUCCAUGUAACCAGUGUGAAUACGCUGCCACUACGACAAAAGAUCUUAAGAAACAUAUUUUAUAUAAACAUAGAGGAGUCAAAUAUCUAUGUAUUCAAUGUGGUUAUGCUGCAAUUAAUACAGGUAAUUUGAAGAAUCAUAUUAAAAAUAAACACGAGGAAGUGAGAUAUUCCUGUGACCAGUGUGAAUUCGCUGCCACUUCAGUUGGUACUCUAAACAGACAUACUAAAUAUAAACACGAAGGAGUGAGACACCUCUGUGAUCAGUGUGAAUACACUUUUACCACAGCUGGUCAUCUGAAGAAUCAUAUUGAAAAUAAACAUGAAGGAGUGAGAUAUCCCUGUGACCAGUGUUUGUACGCCGCCACUUCUAAAAGUAAUCUGAGAAGUCAUAAAAAUAGUAAACAUAAGUUAUGAGAGUUGUGCUGAAGGAUUUUAUCUGCAUUUAGAUUUUCAAGUUAUUGAUUUAUCUUUUCCGCCCUUUACCCUCCAUAAUUAUAUAAAAACUAAUUUUGAAAGAUUAGAUCAGGAUUGUUUUGUUUCUGUUAAGUAAAAACAGUAACCGUAAAAACAAUCAUUCUAAUAAUAUAUAUGUUGGCAACCUGGCGGUUUACACUUUUCAUAUUUCAAAGUUUAACUUUUGAUCCAGCAGAAUUCAUAAUCUGAAAAAUCAAUUAUAAUUUAUUGAAA